AUGAUAUUUAAGUUGAAUGACUAUAACGCAUUUCUAACUUCCUUGUUUGAUAAAAAGAAUGAACAACAAUUGGAGAAAAACAAUAAUACAAUAAUGGUUCAGAACAACUUAAAUCCUGAUUUAAAUGAUGAUACUACUAAUAAUCAUCAGAGAUUCCCACUUGAUUUUGACUUUGGUUUAGCUCCACCACAAUAUCUUCAACCUAAUAAUGAUAGUCCUAAUAGCGACUCACAGAGUAAUGCUGAUGCCAAGUUUGGCUUGACUAAUGGAUCAGGGAAUUAUCACAAUUUUGAGUAUGAAUUGCCUACUAACACAGAAUUUAUCGCUGAGAUUGCUGCAUUUGAUAAUAAAGAGAAGUCAAUGGCUACUACAACUCAUGAUUCAACAAGCUCAAUGAAUAACAACAAUGGUAGUCACACUGGUAGUAAUACCCAUAAUAAUGGUACCCCGAACCUUGAUCAAUUUUCACGAUUCAAUGCAUUUGAUGAAAACUUGGAAGAUUCAAUGAUGUUGGAAGAUGAUACUGAUAGUCCAAUGGUAUUUAAUUUGAACAAUCAAGGUAGUUAUGCUAACAGUCUUCAACCACAACAUUCCCAACAUCCAUCACUACAAUCACAACCACCUACAUCACAACAUCAACUUCCACCACCUGCACCCCAACGACAACAACAACAACAACUACAACCAGGGCAAGGAACACCACAACAUCAAAUGUCUAAUUCCCAUACACCUUUGUUUCAAGGUCAUAAUACCCCAGUUCUUGCUCAAGUGAAACAACAAUCAUCACAACAACACCUGAGAGUUGGAAGCAGUCAAGAGUUGACAUCUAUGGGUACACCAUUAGCAUCCCCAUUAUCUAUUGAUACCAAUAAUUUUAAUCCAAAUAGAUCAACAACAAAUAAUAGCAAAGAAUCAUCUGUAUUAGAUUAUCAGAAUUCCAAAAUGUUGACUGAACAAGCGUCUAAAUUAUCAUUUGGAAAUGGUCAUGCAUUACAGCAACAACAACAACAAGUACCACCAUCAAGUUCAAGUAGUAUAAUUGCAAUGAAUGGAAAUGGGACUCUUGCAGAUUCCCCACCAGUGUCACCAUUAAAUAUUAAUAAUACACCAAAACCAAAAGUUGCCAAAACUAAACAAACAAGAGGACGUAAAUCAAAACUUGAAAAUCAAUUAGGUAAUAAUAAUAAUAAUAAUUCUAAUGACAACAUCAAUUCAAUAAAUCAUAAUCCACAUCCAGGUCGUCCAAGAAUUAAAUCGGCUCAUAAUGUCAUUGAACAAAGAUAUAGAAAUAAAAUCAAUGACAAGUUUAAUGCUUUACAGAAUUCAGUUCCUACACUAAGAAUAUUGGCAAAAAAGAAAGAACGGGAGAAAUAUUUAGCACAACAACAUAAUGCCAAUAAUAGUAAUCAUGAUUCAAAUAGUAAUAAUGAAGAUUAUGAUUCAUCAGAUGAUGAAAUGAUUGAGAAUAAGAGUAACAUGAAUGGAACUCCAAACAAUUCAAUGAGUAAUGGUGUACUUUCAUCUUCAAUGGAUGAUGACAUUGAUUUAGAAGGAUUAGAGCCAGCCAGAAAGUUGAACAAAGGAACAAUAUUGGCUAAAUCAAUUGAAUAUAUCAAGUUCUUAGAGUUAAAAAAUGAUAGAAUGAAACAAGAACAUGAUGAAUUGAUUUUGAAAGCAAGAAUGUUAGGAUUGGUUAUUGAUGAUGAACAAUUAUAA